GGUUGGGCGCCUAUGAUCUCCCGGAUUACCUCUACCAGUAGAUAAGGUACCGUGCUUUGAACUUUGAAGCAGCCAAAGCCGGGCUAGAUAACAAGUGUCACGGCUCACGCUGGUAGCACUUGGAUUUGCUUUGGGUUUUAGGGUUAGGGCUUCAGCUUCAAAUCUCAUCGCUUUUUAACAGAGUGUCCAUGAAGGUCUCAAGCCUCUCGUGAUGAUACGUCUCAUUCAGUGAUCCGGGAUUUCGGAUCGAGUUUGGAGAUCUCGUGGCAGAGAGAUUUUACUUUUGAAAAAUAUUUGGCUAAUGGACAUCAUACCUUGAUACACGGAUCCGAGCUCGUUUUCCAGGAACUGCAGCCCAGCAUCAUUUGUCUUGGCAAACAAUGUUGCUAGCGCGUCCCAGGCUUUCUUCGAGGUAGUGGCUUCUCAUAUGUGGUCCAACAGUUCCUUUUGAUUGUUGUUUUUAGCACGAACAUGGCCUUCUCGGCCUUGAUGCGCCAUCGUCGCAGUGCCUCGAAAUUCUCUCGUGCUGGUGCAGCAGUUUCGUUGUCGCCGAUGACCUCUCAGAUGUCAUGUCCUUGCAGAUUGCAAUCGAAGGUUGUAUGCAUGGUGAACUUGAUAAUGUCUACUCAACUCUAUUGUAUAUCGAGAAAGUGGAGAACACAAAGAUUGACUUGCUUAUAUGCUGUGGAGACUUUCAGGCCAUUAGGAAUAAGGAUGAUCUAAAAAGCGUAAAUGUCAAACCCAAGUAUUGGGACAACUGUAUGAACAGCUUCUGGAAAUAUUACUCUGGAAAAGAAACAGCUCCUAUUCCAACUAUUUUUGUUGGUGGAAAUCACGAGGCAUCAAAUUAUCUGUGGGAACUGUAUUAUGGAGGAUGGACGGCACCUAACAUAUAUUUCUUGGGCUUUGCUGGAGUGGUCAAAUUUGGAGACAUUCGUAUUGGGGGACUCUCUGGGAUAUAUAAGGCACGUGAUUACUAUUCAGGACAUUAUGAGAGGACUCCUUAUAAUAGCAAUGACAUUCGGUCUAUAUAUCAUGUGCGUCAGUAUGAUGUUUAUAAGCUCAUGCAAAUUGAGGAGAAAAUUGAUAUAUUUAUUUCACAUGAUUGGCCUCUUGGCAUCACUGAUCACGGGAGCUGUAAGGAGCUUAUUCAACAGAAGCCUUUUUUUGAGAGAGAGAUUAGGGAGAGAAGUCUUGGAAGUAAGCCCGCAGCAGAGUUGCUAGAGAAACUGAAACCGGCAUAUUGGUUCUCUGGUCAUUUGCAUUGCAAAUUUCCAGCUAUUGUUCAACAUGGGGAGGAUGGUCCCAUCACAAAAUUCCUUGCGCUGGAUAAGUGUCUCCCAGGACGCAAAUUUUUGCAGAUCAUUGAAAUUGAAUCCAAUCCUGGACCUUUCGAAAUUCAUUAUGACGAAGAAUGGCUCGCAAUAACACUGAAGUACAAUCCUUUGCUUCCUCUGACAAGAAAGUCUGCUCAACUGGGGGGUGAAGAGCCAGGUCUCCAAGGUUACCGAGAAAGGGUCAAGAACCAGCUAAUGGCUAGAGGAUCAAAACCUUUUGAAUUUUCACCUACGGUUCCAGCACAUGAUCCUGAAUCAUUUUCGGGUGACCCUUCUUUUCAAGGACACAUUCGGAAUCCACAAAUAGAAUCCUUUCUGCAGUUAUUGGGACUUCCAUAUCUUCUUGAUAGCAAUCAAGAAUCUGAUGCUUUUCUCCGUAGUUCCUCAUCCUUGGAGUUUAGAGGUCAAAAUGAUCAAGCUUUUGAUAAUGAUGGUGAUGACGAUGAUGUCGAUGACAUUGAAGCCCUUGCAGGAGGUGAAUUUUGAGGACCUUGAUUCUUGGCAGUUCUCUUUGUGAAUGGCGAGCAAAGCCACAAAGCAGUUCAAUGGAUACCCCAAGAGUGCCAGACUGGUACCAGUACUGGUCUAUCACCUCCCGUUCCUUAAGAAAUGACCUACAAUCAGCGUGGUGACAUGCCUCCAUGAUUCAUGUAGAGGAUGCAAAAAUACAAUUACAAAACACUAUUCUUAUCAGAACUCGUGAUACCAAUUGUCCAUUUGGUAGUAGCUGAUUUAGAAUUUGUAUCCUAACAUUUGCUAUCACAACCUGUCCUUUACCUCCCCAAAAGCAAAAGGCAAAGAACAGCCAAAAUGGCAUUGAAACUUUGAGAUGAUGCCUUUAUUACAAUUUCACAACACUUGCAG